AUGGAUAAGCUGCCGGUAGAGAUUCUGUCUAAAAUCAUCGACCACCUCGCUCCACGCGAAAAGGUCAACCUUCAGUCCACCUCCAAAAAAUUCUUUGACCUCGCCCGCGAUAAUACUCAAUGGAGAUUGCACUGCUAUGAGCAGUCAUGGGCUGCUCGACAGGCUGCUCGGCAGGCUGCCCGCUCCGCUGCCAGAUCCUCGGAGAGUCUGAUUUGCGAUGCUCCUGUCUCAUUGACGACCCUGGGGCAGGAGUCGCUGCUUGAUAUUAUUCAGCCCUCUGCUCCGCCGGUGAACGGAGACUCUGAUGAGGAAUGGUCUUGGUUUGAAAGGGCGAGGGCGGCAGCGGAAUGGGACUCAUCAACCGAGGGGGAGCAUGUGGACUGGUAUUCGGAAUACAUUGCUCGUCACGGGCCCAUAUGUUUAUCCUGGGUUGAGCAGCCCUCGGUCCGCAAAAGUGAAGGGAAACGAGGCCAGUCCUAUGAGGCCAAAGGCAUGGGACUACUCAAAGACUGGAGUUCAGCCAGUCAGAACAAGAUCAUUGCCCCGCUUGAAGAUGGCAGCGUCUGCAUCUGGGACCUGAAUAAUUCACACUCAGCUGACUCUCGAGCAAGUAAAGGCAAGAUCCUUGGGAUCAGUGAGCCCGGAAUUCUCAUGGCCAGCCUGUCUGGUCGUCGAGAUCAUUCCCCCUCCAAGACUUCGCUGGAAUUUAUAAAUCUAGGCGAGGGAGUGAGCGUGGAUUCUCUGCGACAAAGAGCGUAUCUGGCAGUUGGGAAUGUCCUCAAUGAAGUUGACUUGGAAACAUUAAAAGUGAUUUCGCAGCAGCGCUAUCCCUGGUCGAUCUUUGCCCUUUCUCAGGAGACGGAUUACUCAGUGCCAUUGACACUAGCCACUACACUCAGCCUGCAGAUCUAUGACUCCAGACUGUCAGCCGUCGAGGAGGAAGAGGCAAUCAGCUUGCGAUGCGAGCAGGUAGCCGGGCCAUACGCUUCCCGACUAGGCAUCUUUGCCCACUCUGAUUCGCCCUUACGCCAACUGCAAUCCAACGGACAGUCACCUACUCGCAUACGCAGUCCAGAACCCUUAGAUAAAGGAGCCAACUACGCGCCCGUCUUCCAACCUGGCCCUCUUUCUAUCCUGCAUCCGCCAGCUCCUCAUGUGAAUACAAUUCUCCUUGCAGGGCGCUUCCCCAGCAUCCUAUGUUAUGACCGCCGCUACUUCCCUCAGCUACAGACCACAGUCCAUUCCGGCGGCCGACUAUGUAGUCUUGCCUCGGUACCAGCGCCUCGAUUCCCGGUCUUCUCGAAUUCCAUCUACCCUGAGUCACAUUCUGUCGUAGCAUGCGGAGACUAUAACGGACGAGGCUCGCUGGAACUCUAUAAUCUCAAAUCAGCACCCGAAAAAGACCACAGCCCCUCGAACAUGACAUCCACCCUCAACCCAGAAUACAAGAACCGCCAAAGCGCCGCGAGUUCCAAACUACUUUCCGUGGGGUCGCAUGGGAAUCGGAUCGUCUUUUCCGACGCCGAGGGCAACAUCAAGUGGACAGAGCGAGACGGUCGUUCAGAAGUCCGGCGCUGGAAUAUCAAUAACUCAAAGCCUUAUAUACCAUUCGGUCAGGGCAGCCAACAGCCAACUCCACAGACAGAAGAAGACCAGCAGCCGCGUGGGCUCUGGCACUCCCAAUCGACGGGGAAUAACGAGGUAGCUCGCAAGAUUCUUCCUACUGGUGGGGAUCUUACUGGUGAUGAGCUCCUUAUCUGGACUGGAGAGCGCAUUGGUCGUCUCAGAUUUUCUAUUCCGGCGGAUUAUGAGAUGGAGACAGAUGAUAAAGCAGUUGACGAGGAUGAUGAUGUAUUUAUGCAUGCGGAGGUCGAUGAAGCUACACGUGAACAGAUGCGACAUAGACGGCGUGAUGAUUGGGAGAAAGAGCAGCGGUAUGGGGAUUAUAUGCGCCGUGCGCUUGAGAGGCAGGCGGAUGAGGUCCGCUGGAUGGGGAGUCAAAGUUUUGGCUUGUAG